UCACCUGCCGCAUCCCUGUCGUUCUGCACAACCUGAGGGGUUACGAUUCGCGUCUCAUCAUGCAAGGGCUCGGAAAGAUUAAAGACACACCCAUCUACUGCAUUCCCAACAAUAUUGAGAAAUACAUAUCUUUCUCUCUGGGAAAACUGGACUUUAUCGACUCUCUGCAAUUCAUGAACGCGUCAUUGGACAGGCUGGUCUCUAAUCUGGCCAAGGAAGGGAGAGACAAGGAAGGGAGAGACAAGGUCCCUUUGUUAUUGAGAAAGGGGGUCUAUCCUUAUGACUAUAUGGAUAAGUUCCAGGAAUUACAACUCCCUCCCAAAGAAGCAUUUUAUAGUAAACUGAAAGAAGAACCAAUCAGCGACGAGGAUUAUGAACAUGCACAAACAGUGUUCGCUGCCUUCCAACACCAGAACCUUGGAGACUUCCAUGAUUUAUACCUUCUCUCCGAUGUGCUUCUCUUAGCCGAUGUCUUUGAAAACUUCCGGAGUAUCUGCCUAAGCUACUAUCAACUAGACCCCGCCCAUUUCUUCACCUCGCCUUCUUUAGCUUGGGCUGCCUGUCUUAAGAUGACCGGGGUGGAGUUGGAGCUACUGACCGACCCAGAUAUGUACUUGUUCGUAGAGGAGGGGGUACGAGGCGGGAUAUCGAUAAUCAGUAACCGAUAUGCGAAGGCUAACAAUCCAUACGUCCCUGGUUACCUGGCAUCCCUAGACACCAAUUAUAUCACGUACCUCGAUGCUAAUAACCUUUAUGGAUGGGCAAUGAGUCAGCCUCUCCCUAAAAGCGACUUUGCUUGGCUAUCGGAACAAGAGAUACGCGAUUUUGACGUGAUGGGCGUGGCUGAUGAUAGUGAGGAGGGCUUCAUUCUAGACGUAGAUCUCGAGUAUCCCAAAGAGCUCCAUGACCAGCACUCCGACUAUCCUCUGGCACCUGAGAAGAGGAAGGUGUCUGCUGACAUGCUGUCCCCUUACUGUCAGCAGCUCAAUGAGGAGCUUCAUCUCGGCGGCGCACUCGUCCCUAAACUCGUCCCCAAUCUCCAGUACAAGUCGCGCUACAUACUCCACUAUCGUAACCUCAAGAUGUACCUCAACCUUGGCACGAAGCUAACCAAGAUUCACCGUGUCUUAGGGUUCACACAGAACACCUGGCUAAAAGAAUAUAUCGAUUUUAAUACUGAAAAAAGGAAACAAGCGGUUAACGACUUUGAGAAGGAUUUCUUUAAGUUGAUGAAUAAUGCAGUCUUCGGGAAGACUGUGGAAAACUUGCGCAAGCGGGUGAAUGUCAAACUAGUCACAGAGAAAAAGAAACUAAUCAAGCUGAGUGCAUCUCCCUCCUAAGACUCUUUUCGCAUCUUCUCUGAAGACCUCGCCGCCAUUAACAUGAAGAAAACCAAGCUCUACUUGAAUCGCCCGAUAUAUGUGGGAUUCUCUCUUCUUUACCUUUCGAAAGUACUGAUGUACGACAUUCAUUACAAACACAUGAUUGCUAAAUACGGGUCUUGCUGUAACCUCUUGUUCACUGACACGGACAGCCUCUGCUAUAGUGUCGAGACUACGGACAUCUACCGCGAUUUCCUAAUCCCUUGGCUGGUUCGCACGUUGUAGACCUAGUGAGUGACUUUUUAAAAGCAAGAAAAGGAUUUGACCCAGUGGGUUGGGAAACCUUUGCCCGAGGCUUAGAGGAGGAGGCGAGGAUGAACACGCCGGAGGACCUAGUACGUAAUCAAGCCCGAAGGAUGGUGAUGCGAGAUCACAAGGCAGGAAAAGAAGCACUCCCUUCCUAUACACCGCUAGGAGCCACGCCCUCGGGACCUGAACGAAGUAACAAUUGAAACGCCAAAAAACGGCUUAGACAGCGAUGGUUAAACUUGUAAUAGUCUCUGAAUAAACAACAAUGUUCACAA